AUGACCUACUUUUUGCUAAUUGCCACGGCCAUUCUUGGAUUCGCCACUCAGUCUACGGUCGCUGCUGUGCCUGAUGCUACCAAGUAUCCAUACAAAUUUGAUCCUGCUCCUGUCGAUCCAAGCUGGAGUGCUCAUUUCCUUACAGGAAACAUACCAAACAUUCCUCUCGCCACUGGUCCUGUUGUUACUCCUGAUUUCUCAAAAGAAAUUACUCGAUGUGUAAACGACAAUGACUGGGGAUUGACCUUUGACGAUGGUCCAACCAACAACACUCAAAUCGUCCUUGACGCUUUAAAGGCUUCUGGAAUUAAAGCAACCUUUUUCGUUAUUGGCUCUCGUGUCCUUGAUGGAUAUCAAUGGCUCAAGGCUGCUCACGAUGAUGGUCACGAAAUUGGCAUUCACACCUGGUCCCACCGUGCACUGACCACUCUUACAAACGAGCAAGUUGUCGCCGAGUUGAUAUGGGCUGCUGCCAUUAUCAAAGAAGUUAUUGGUGUUACUCCCCGAUACUUCCGUCCUCCUUAUGACUCCAUGGACGAUCGUGUUCGCGCCAUUGUCAAAAACAUGAAUCUGACUGUUGUUGAAUGGUCAUAUGCCACUGGUGAUACUAACGGUGUCACAGAUGUAGCCCAGCUUAUUGCUGCCCGUGCUCAAAGCCCAACAAAAAGUGGAACCAUUUCUCUUAUGCACGAUUUUGCUUACCCUUAUGCUAUUCAAGCUCCUGCAGCCAUUUCCGCUCUUCAACAGUCGAGUGUAACUCCCAAACUACUUUCCGGUUGUCUCCAGGUUCAGGCAGUUUACAACGAGGCAUUGUGGAUGAAUAUUUCCCCACCAGUUUCUCGAAACGGAUCUCAGACAGGUGCCAAGCCUCAAACAACUGGACCCAGUUCAAACUCGAGCUCAUCUUCAAACUCAUCUUCUGCUAGCAAGAUCCAACUUCAAUCUGCUUUUGCAUCCACUAUUUUCGUUGUUUCUCUGAGUACUAUUGCAAUUGUCUUUGGUACUGCUAUCCUUAUGUAA